UAUUAAUUGAAGGCUUCUUCCGUUCAAUUAAGUUUCUUCACUCUCCACUCGAUAACACAAACUUCAUUCUACACAAUUAGAAAGAAAAAAUUAGACAUGUCUCUACUAACAUAAAUAAGAUUAGUUGUUUAAAAUAUUAAUUAUACCGAGAAAAUUAAUUAUAUGUGUGGGCGGGUACCCACGGAUCGGGUUUACCUAAACCCAAACCCAAGCCGGUGAAUAGUGAACGUGUUUAAACCCAAACCCAACCCAAAACCUGUCAACACUGAUUUUACCCGCGUUGACCGGGUUGGGUCGGGUGGGUACUCGUGGGUUCGGGUUUGGUUGCCAUUCCGCCUCUCGUAAACUGAAGCAAGUCGAAACCCCAAAAAUCAAAACGCUGCCGUUUCCUCUGUUUUUGGAUGAAUUAUUCGAUAAGUCACUGAACUUAGUUAGUUUUAUUCAUUGACUCCCUUAAAUGUUUAUUUCCUCUAUUCAACUCCUGACCUAAUUCUUAAAAUUUCUAAACCCCAAACCUGAAAGAUUCCCGUUAGCUUGAACGGAGCAAAACCCUAAUUUCUCCCCGGGAAUCACUAGCGGAGGAAUCGCAAUGACAAAUAGUUCGUCGCCCAAAAGGAACGAGCAAGAUCAGCCUGAAACCAGUGGCCCUGUGCUCAAAUCACUGAAAACCAAGCUUAGCAAGCCUGAAGACGCAGAAAAGAAGAUUGUAGGCAAGAAGUUGAAAGAUGUGGAGAUCAGUGUUCCAAUUGUUUAUGGAAAUAUCGCAUUCUGGCUUGGUAAAAAAGCAAAUGAGUAUCAAUCUCACAAGUGGACAGUAUAUGUUCGAGGGGCUACUAAUGAGGAUACCAGUGGAGUGAUAAAGAAGGUUGUUUUCCAGCUUCACUCUAGCUUCAACAAUCCAACAAGAGUUGUCGAAUCACCUCCUUUUGAGUUAUCGGAGCAAGGAUGGGGAGAAUUUGAGAUUGCUAUUACACUUCACUUCCACAGUGAUGUUUGCGAGAAGCCUUUAAGCUUAUAUCAUCAAUUGAAGUUGUACCCAGAAGAUGAGUCUACUUCCUUGUCAAUCAAGAAGCCAGUUGUAGUAGAAUCCUAUGAUGAGCUUGUUUUCCCUGAGCCUUCAGAGAGCUUUUUAGCUCGGGUGCAGAAUCAUCCUGCUGUGAGCGUGCCUAGAUUGCCUGUUGGUUUUACUUUACCUACUCCUGCUGAAGACCCAAGUGAAAGGAAGAGAGCUGACACUAAGGACCAUCCGCUAACCCAAUGGUUCACCAAUUUUUCUGAAGCAGAUGAGUUGUUACAACUUGCUGCAGCUCGCCAGCAGGUGCAAACUCAUAUUGCAAAACUCAGACGACAGAUAACCGUGAUUGAAGGACAACAGCAACAGUUGAAACCUUCUUCCGACCAGUAAUUUACCAUAUAUGUGCAGAAAUCCCAAAUCAUAUUAGUUAAUGUGCAAUAGUACUCGAGCAAUGAGUUAGAGAUUUUUCGCAUUUGUAGCAGAAUAGUUGGACCAGUGAGCUAAUAUAUUAUGAGCUUUGUCAUUUCACCAGUUACCUAUUUUGUCCUCAAGUUCUUACCAUCUCAUCUCUGGUCCUGUGCCUGGAUAAGUAUAAAUGUCAUUGUGUACAUUAAGAAAAAGCAGCAAUGUGCAAUGUAUCAUUUCAUCAUUAAUAGAACGUAGUGAAUUCGCUGCAGCUCCAGUAACUGCUUAGUUGUGUUCUGGCGUCAUGUUUUGCAACAUGGAUCAUUGACUUUGAUGUUACACCUUGGACUUGGCACAAUGAAUUGAGAUAUCGAUCAAGGAUGAGGCUAGAUAUUGAUUUUAGUUAAUAUGCGUGUUCCAGUUUACAAACAUCCUCAGGCCUAUUGAAAGGACAGACUUGUUGUUUUACAAGAGCUUAACCUUACAAAACCAAACUGCCAAGAAUUCCUAAUAAUAUCAGAGAUACAGAUGAUGAGGAAAAAGAUUACCCCUCUGCAAUUUUUGGAGCAUCUGGUUCAUGCUCAUGGUACAAAAAUUGUAGUCCGAAGAGGUGGCGUAAGGCACAUUUCCCCCUUAAUAUUAUUGUUGUGCAGCGGUUGAGUAUUGUCAGCUUGGCACAGAUAUUGUGUUUUAACCUUUUAACCUGCUUCAUGUGCUUAUGUCGAGGUGGUCCUAAGGGAGCUACAUCACCACUAAUGUAAUUAUACAUUAGGGCCCUUCUGGAGUACUCAUAACUAGUACUUGUGACGCUUUGGAAUGGGUCCUGAAGGCAUUGUCAUGGUCAUUUCAACACCGUUGUCACCCUUGUCCCCCCCUUUGGCUCAAACCAGGUAUACUAUAACAACCACUCUUUGAUUCUCUCUUGUAUUUGUUAGUAUUAUAUACAAAAGGGCCCUUAUUCAUGUAUAUCUCUAUACAUCUAUGUUGAUUCCUCCUUUAUGAAGCUAGCUAAACCGCUCUCUUUCUUGCUCCAGGCAUUUUCUUGUGGAUGUCCUAAUCUCGUUAUCAAUGUUGUUCGAUUGACAUCAUCUUAAUUGUUUCUCAUGGCAUAAUAAUUGAAACCCACCUUAGAAGACUAAUGACAUGAUUGGUAGAGCGGUGUUCUUAACUGGCAAUUUGCAGCCUUGAAUCCCUUUCUAGUGUUUCUUCUGACUAGCAUCCUUACCUCCCAUGUGAGUUCGUGGUUUACUUUUUCUCUCUUUACAUUGUCAUGUCAUCACCGUCACAGUGGGUGGAUUGUAGGAAGAAUUUCUUGGUCACAGCUUAUGUUAAAUUACUAGCACACUAUAACUCUAUAAGGUUCUGGUUUUUCGGAAAGGAGAUAAGGGGUUGAAGUAGAAAUAACAGUACAGCAAGGUCAUGCAUUGAUGAUCUCUUCGCUUCUUCUCUCAGUGCAAUGAUUAUGGGACCUCAAUGUCUAGUAUGAACUAAGUGGGCACUGGGCAGGACAACUGCAAUGAAGGAGUGAAAGAGAAAUCUAAAGAAAAAUAUCUCGACAGAGCUCCUCUCAUUUUGAAACUGGAAGCCAGUUACAGGUUGGAAAUAGGAAAAUAUGGGUAGUUGAGAAUUUUUUUGCUAUUUGAAGGUAGUUGAAACUGAUAUUACAUGAUUCUUACAAAGUUGUCCUUACAGUAGGGUUUGCAGGCAAAGGUAACAUGGCCUUCAUGUGCCCAAGGGUAAAAAAUGGCAGGAGGGUCUCUUUCCAACUACAAGGAAACAAAUACCUUAGCUUCCUCUGGACUCAGCAGCACAACUCAUUCCUGUGAGUAAUGGUGGGCCUUUCCAGUCGCCCCUGCUACAUUCAUUCGUUGUCUAUUCCUGCAGUCCAUCUGAUUCACAUAACGUGGGAAAGGGAGAGCCUUUCUUCCAGACAAGGACCAUCAGGGUAAUUGUUUCUUCGACACUGUUAAUCGUACUCUUAGCUGUAUAAGCAACGUGAACAGAUUAUUGACGUCGUUGUCGCGGUACUAGGAGUACAUGCAUCUCUCGAGUACCUGGGGUUACAACUCUGUCAAUAUACUUAUUGUCCUUGCAGUACAUGAUUGGAAAUGGCAUGUUAAUGUUUUGCCCCUCGGAUGGUGAACCCCUUAAAACUUAGACGAGUCUACUUAUGGAUAACAGCAUGGUUAAGCAAUGGUGUGAAUCUAUUGCAGAAAAGCAAUAUAUCCAGAGAUAAUGAUGCAGGCAUUGAGCAUAUAUUUGUGGGCACACCAGUGAGGAAAAACAAAAAGAAAGGAGACAGAAACAUAUCAAAGCUUUAAAUCUUUUGUUGUAUUUGCAGAUCGGCCUUCUCAGCCUCAGAACAUGGAGGCCUGCAAGUCUGUUUCUGAGAUGGAGCCACAGUGCUGGAGCUAGGAGAGCGAAAAUGAUAUUUGAUACCAGUGGUGCACCUUUUAACUAGUUUUUAUAUCAAUCUGGAGAAUUUUGUUGAUGGUCGUAUGCAGCUUUGGACCACAUGGCAAGUCUUAGCCUGCAAUUGUUGACACUAGAUUUCUCUUGCAUGUGGCAGCCAACAUUGCUCUUCUGGAUAUAGUUAUGAUGCCUUAUAUGGUUGUGUGUUGUGUCUGUUUCAUCCCAUAUCCAUUUGUUUUCUCCAUUGUAGAGUCCUGGUCUGGCUGCAUAAGGUUCUAUGAUGAGCAGUCUUUGUAGCUGUUGAUUCUUCUUUUGCUUCUUAGUUGCUUCCUCUCACAUUAUGGUGUGCUAUAAAUGCCUGGUAUUAAUAUACAGUUAGCCGGAAUCCAGUUGUCUGAAACUCAUAUAUUAUUCAAUAUGUAUGUGACAGAUACAACCAAGGAAAGAGGCUGACCUCAUGGAUUGAUUGAAGGGCUCGCAGUCUUAGUUGUCAGACAAGGAGAUUAGAUUGAAGUACCAAAGUAUAUGGAUAAUGGAUAACCUCUGUAUUUAGGAGAAUAGCUAAGGAGAAUGUUGAAAGCAAUUUGGGUCGACAAAGAGGUAUGUAGACAGCUUAGCUUUGUAUAAUUGGUCUCAUUUUCUGUCCUUUAUGAAAUUUGGAAAAGUGCUCAAGGAUUAGGUUUACCAAGUGCUUGGUGAUUAGUUGAACUGUUGGAGCUUUCAGGGUCUAGACUCGUGUUUCGGAAAUUCUGACUCCAAAUUCGUGUUUAAUAGUAGCAUCUAAUUAUAAAAACAAAAGAAAUCCGCGUAUCAAUCUGGCCAAACUAAUGGUUUGAUGUCGCACCAUGGAGUUGGGGGAAAUGAAAGAAACUCGUGGUGGUUUAUCUUAGUUUCUGAUCCACACUCAUUUUGUUUUGCGGGUGUUGGUUUAAUACACAAGAUAAUAGGAUGGAAAGAAGGAGGGCAUUUCACCUCUUAUAGGCAUUCGGUUUUCCUCAAAUUAUAUAAUUCAACAAAAGGUCGGAGGAAGCAGAGCGUGUUGAUGUUAUUGGAUCGUGUCUCCUCGUUCGUUUGCAAUCUUCGGAUCAUAUGGACUAUACAUUAGGUGAAAACACAUGAGAGGACAAUCCAACAUGUAAUCAUAGCUGCAAGGACCCUUUCAAGUUUAAACAUGAUGACUAAAUUUCAAACAACCAACCCUAAAACUCAUUUUGAGGGAGGGUUAAGAAUCUUAACUGGUUUCCCAUUGGCUGAUGGGAAAGGAAGGAUAAAAAAGGAUAGGGUAGAUGGGAUUUUGGGUGGCGACUGGGGGAGGCCAUUCAUUGCAACAACAAGGUCAAGGACCUGCAUAAAGUAUAACAGCAGUAAAAAAAAGAACCACAUGGGAUUGCUAAAUAAGUGUAGAAACACUACUCUGUUAUCGUAUUAUUACAUUUUAUAUGUGGCAGAUUGCAGAAAAGGACACACAGAAAACAGAGAGAAUCACAAGCUGCAGCACUCAACCAUAUUAACAAACAAACAACCAAAAAACUGUGAGAAAAACAGUUUUGUACUGUCCAGUACCACACCUUUCAUUGUUAAGUCCGUGAUCUAGGCAUAAGCUGACGAGGGAAAAGACAAAGUCGAGAAACAGAGAGAUAAGAAUAAGAUAAAUCGAUAAAU